GAAGCCAUUUUGGAAUAAUGUUGUAAAAGUGAAGCGCAGUGAAUGCUUUCCAUACACACUGUACUGUAUACAGUAAAUGGCAGUUUUGCCAUCAUCCACUCAGCACAAUCACACAUUUUCUCCACCACCACAAAUGUCUCAAUUAUGAGGAAAUACGACCUUCAUUAGCCUAUGAAGAAGCCUUACACUGCUCAGGGGAAAUGCAAUUUUCUCUAUCCCAUUCAUUUCCUUCCUGCACUGUUACAUAAAGACCAGUUAUCAGUCGUCUGCUGACCAUAGCUGAUCUCACACUGAACAUGAGUCCGGUGUCUGUCUGUGCUUUCUGUCUGCUUUUGCUUAUAGAGGGAGUGUUGUCUAAACAAGUAUGCAGUAAGCAGGAUGUUCUGGAAUAUUUGAAUCUUACCAGAGGCAAUGAGAAGUUCACAACUUGCCGUCCCGCACUGGACUGGACUAAGCCCACCGUUGUGUAUUUUGAUAUUCACCUCUUCUGCAUCCUCUCUGUGAUUGAAAAAUCUCAAAUCUUUGUCCCUUUUUUAUGGAUGACUGCGCGCUGGAACAAUGACCUAAUCCUUUGGGAUCCUGAGGAUUUUUGUGGCAUUACAGAUGUGGUUUUACCAAAAGAGAUGCUUUGGCUACCAGACCUUUUUAUUUUAGAGGCCAUAGAGAAGGAAGAAGGACCACAGAACCCGUAUUUGACUAUUACUUAUGAUGGGAAUGUGACAAUGGAGGAUGACCAUAAAAUCAUCAGCACCUGUGCAUUGAAUGUGCACAAAUUUCCUUUUGAUACUCAAACCUGCCACAUCACAGUGUUUUCAGUUAAUCACUCUGAUAGAGAAAUAAAGCUGGUUCCUGCAUCAAAUUCAACUAAAGCAACACAGAUGGCUCGAGACAUAUUAUUAACACAAGGAGAAUGGGAGCUCCUCAACAUAUCCAUCUCCAACCAAUACAUGCUUUAUGAGGGCCAAUCAUUUCAAACAUUAAAGUACACGAUUUCAAUCAGAAGGAUGCCUCUCAUGCACUUCAUCAAUUUCCAGCUGCCCGUAUUGAUUUUCCUCAUUUUGGACCUGGCUUCAUUUUUCAUACCAGAUAGACCGGAAAAGCUGUCCUUCAAAGUGACCGUGCUGUUAGCAAUGUCUGUACUUUUGCUCGUUCUAAAUGACAUCCUGCCUUCCAAAUCCCACAAAUGCCCUCUGAUAGCUGCGUAUGUCAUUUCCAUCUUUUGCUUCAUGUUUCUGAGUCUUCUGGAGACAAUUUUGGAGGUAUAUUUAUUACAAUUGAUCUCUGAGCAAGACACUAAGGUGGUUCAGAGUCCUGAAGAUCACAACUCUGAAGCAGCUGUAUGCAAAGGAGAAUGUAGCGAUGGAAUCUUUUCUUCUAAAGUGGAGUCUCAGGAAACGUACAGCAAAGAAAAGGUGAAUGAUGUGCACCUAUUGCAGCGGAUCUUGGGAGAGCUUCAGACUAUCAAACAUGCUCUUGUCCCCCAUUCUGUGGAGGGCAAAACAAGACAGAAUCAAUGGUUAAGACUGGUCACAUGGUUUAACAGAGGUUUCUUUGUUGUUUAUCUCAUCUCUGUUUCUAUCUUUCUCGGUCUCAUCAUUCAAGAGUGGGAAUUUGAGUGAAGCUCAUUUAGUGAUCAAUAUCCUAUAUAUUACAUUACGUAACAAUAUUAAAGGCAUUUGUGUUACUGC